CGAGGACUCUGGAAACUGCAGCGUCUUUCAUGGCAGACCGGUAACGCGUUCGUUCCUACUGAGUACACCGCACGUCUGCGCGGUCACAUUUACAGCCAAAUCCCAAGAGUCGUUCGUAUACAUACAGAUACAGGGGAGGGAAGCGAGCCCUGCCGGAAACGAAACACCAUUCGUCGCUCCCUCGCCUCCCAUCAGCGCGCACUAGUCCUUCCCUGCCUCCUCCUCUUCUCGGGCGCGCGCCGCCUCUGCCUCGGCAACGACAGCAAACACCGGCUAGCCAGCCAAGAAAGAGGCGCCGACAUGGCCAUCCCGCUCCAGGCGAAGAAGCAGCAGGAGAACGGAAGCAAGGGCGGCCAAGGCAGCGACGUGGACGGCGGCGACGACAACCCUUCGGCGGCGGAGGAGCUGCGGGAGCUGUGGCGCAUGGCGGCGCCAAUCACAGCGCUCAACUGCGUGGUGUACCUGCGCGCCAUGGUGUCCGUGCUCUGCCUGGGCCGCCUCGGCCCGCUUGACCUCGCCGGCGGCGCGCUCGCGAUCGGGCUCACCAACAUCACUGGCCACAGUGUGCUCUUCGGCCUCGCGUCCGGGUUGGAGCCGCUCUGCGCGCAGGCCUACGGCUCCCGCAACUACGACCUGCUCACGCUCUCCCUCCACCGCGCCGUGCUGCUGCUCGCCAUCGCCGCCGUCCCCAUCGCGCUGCUCUGGCUCAACGUCGGCCCCAUCCUGGUCGCGCUCGGCCAGGACCCGGCCAUCUCCGCCUCCGCCGCCGCAUACGCCGCGUGGGCGCUCCCGGACCUCGCCGCGCUGGCCGUGCUCCAGCCGCUCCGCGUCUACCUUAGGUCCCAGGGCAUCACCAAGCCCAUGGCCGCCUGCUCCGCCGCCGCCGUCGCGCUGCACAUCCCGCUCAACUUUCUCCUCGUCUUCCGCAUGGGCUUCGGCGUGCGCGGCGUCGCGGCAGCGCAGGCGCUCACAAACACAAACAUGGUGCUCUUCCUGCUCGCCUACGUCCGCUGGGCGGGUGCGUGCGACGACACGUGGAGGGGCUUCGCGCGGCCCGCCGCCGUAGCCAGCGGGCUCGGCGGCCUCGUCCGCCUCGCCGUGCCCAGCUGCAUCGGCGUCUGCCUCGAGUGGUGGUGGUACGAGGUCGUCACCGUGCUCGCCGGCUAUCUUGCCAACCCCACCGCCGCCGUCGGCGCCGCGGGAGUCCUCAUCCAGACAACCAGCCUGAUGUACACCGUGCCCAUGGCGCUCGCCGCCUGCGUCUCCACCCGGGUGGGCAACGAGCUCGGCGCCGGGAAGCCGCGGCGUGCGCGGAUGGCGGCGACGGUGGCGCUGUGGUGCGCAGCGGGCGUGGGCCUCGCGCACGUGGCGUGGACGGCGGCCUUCAGCGCGCAGUGGGUGUCGCUCUUCACCCGGGAGCCGUCGGUGGUGCUGCUGGCGUCGGCGGCGAUGCCGCUGCUGGGGCUGUGCGAGCUGGGCAACUGCCCGCAGACCACGGGGUGCGGCGUGCUGCGCGGCACGGCCAGGCCCGCCGUGGGCGCCCGCAUCAACCUGCUCUCCUUCUACCUCGUCGGCACGCCCGUGGCGGUGCUGCUGGCGUUCGGGCACGGGCCGCUGUCCGGGUUCCGCGGGCUGUGGUACGGGCUGCUGUCCGCGCAGGCCGCCUGCGUGGCUCUGGUGCUGGUCGCCGUCGUGUGGCGCACCGACUGGCGCGUCGAGGCCAUGCGCGCGCGGAAGCUGACCGGCACCGGCGCGGACACGACGGCGACGGCCACCGAGGGGGAGGAGCAGGAGGAGAUGAGGCGCCUCGUGGCGGGCAACGGCCUGGAGGCGGACGUCGACGUGUAGCGAGCCGUUCCUUUCGGUGGAACCACCUAGUUUAGCUCUACGUGCGGUGCAUCGCGGUGACAUGCUAAAAUUAAGCCAGACUAGCCAUUCCACUCGUAGGGCAGGCAUAGCAUAUUGCAGCACCGAGUAGCUGGCUAGCUUUAGUUAUUGUGGUGAGCCACACAGCUCACAGAUUUGCUGCUGCAUGCAUGCUUGCAGCUGGGCCUAAGCGGUGGUGUGUUCGCAUUGAAGUAGUACGGUUGCUGCUUGGAGAAAUGGGCUAGCUAGCUAGCAAGCUAAUCAAGCUAGAGAUCUUGAUCGAGCUAAGCAAGUUCAUUCCAAGUUACACGCACUUCAUUUUCUGUAUGGGCUAAACAAGUUCAUUAGCGCUUGAUUUUGGGAUUAAUGGGGAUGCAUGCAUGCCUUGAAAAAGAAGCAUGGAACCUUUGCAUUUG